GCCGCAGUCGAACUAUGCUAACUGACGCCGUCGCUAACGUCCUCAAACGCGUUUGUAAUAUCGAACACUAAUAACAUUUUCGACGAGUGUGUGUUGCCUGUUUCGAACUAAAUUUUAUCAAAGAACAUAUAUAUACAAUGUUUGGACGACGUUGGACGAGUGUUCUCGUGAUCCUGGCAGCCAUAAACCUAACAUCAUGUGCCCAAAUCGAGGACCCGUGCAAGACCAAAGCUAGAAUAGUGGCCGAUGACAAAUACUGCGACAAGUAUUGGGAAUGUGACAACGGACAAUCGGUACAAUACGACUGCCCCAAUGGACUUGUUUUUGCGGGCAAACAUCGAGGGGUGACUGAGGGCUGCGAUUACCCUUGGAGGUCAAAUUACUGCGAGUACCCGAAGGCUCAGAUAAAUCCCCCAAUCGGCACGGAGCACUGCGACUGGCUGUACGGUAUCUUUGGCCACGAGACCUCCUGCACCAGGUACUGGACCUGCUGGAACGGCACCGCCACGGAGCAGCUUUGCAUCGGAGGGCUUUUGUACAAUGAGAACGCCCACUCUUGUGACUGGCCUGAGAACGUUGACGGUUGUCAAAAGCAUCCUCUCUGCAACGAGGACCCGAACGGUAACGUGCCCUUAGGCAAGUCCUGCAACCGGUACUGGCAGUGCCAGGGCGGAUAUCCUCGGCUGCAGCGUUGCCCUGCUAUGUUGGUGUUUGACAGGCGCUCGCUGAGAUGCGUGGUACCACCCACCGAGGACUGCGACAUCCCCACCACCACCGCUCCACCACCAGAAGAAGAGCAGCAGGAUGCGCGACAGGGACAACACCAGAAGCGGCCCUCCAACGAUUUCCAAGAGCAGCAACAGGGCCGCACAAGACCGAGGAACUAAUUCCUGUACGACUUUAAUUAGUUCAUGUUUAAUUUUAACCAAAACUUUUUUGUACUCUUUGUAAGGACGCCUUCUCAUUUCCCACCAUUUUGUGGCGCCCAACAAUGCGAUUAUUAAACGUCUCUAAAACUCAUUAAGAUAAUUAACGCAAAAUGGCUCUACGUUUCAAUAAUUAUUAUAAUGAGCAGAACACGAGAAACGCCAUGUAAUUAUUUAUAUGUAAUGUUUAUGUAUGCCGAAUAAUGUUUUUAUUUUAUGCAGAUAAUGUUUCGAAGUCACAGAUAAUAAAUAUGACAGAAUGCAUUCUUUGGCACACAGAUAAGAUACAACAUGCCUACGUAAAUGAGUUUAAUAAUUUAUCGCAUUUAAUUUCUACUUCAGGCUUAUGGUAUGUAUAGUCGUUUAUUAUGUUGGGAUUAUUGAAAAAUAUAAUUUAUCUGUGCUCAUUGUAUAUGUAAACAUUUUUUAAUCUGUCACAACUCUGUACUCUAUGUUCAAGUAUCUCUAUAUGAAGGAUUCUUUGGUAGGAACGCGAGCAAUGAAGUUAUUUGAAUUGUUUUAUUUAAUAAUUUUGCUUAUUGGGAAUAUUAAUCAUUUUCUAUAUGUAAAAGUGCACAAGAGUGAAAAAAAACAAUUUCACUGAAAGUAGCAUCUCUGAUUCUUCCGAAGAGUCCCUUGAAUCUCACCAUUUCGUUUGGUGAUUCAUUUAUUUCAUCCUAUAUCCCUUAAUUCCAUCCCAUUUCAUGAUAUUGUGAACUUCAUUUCAUGUCAUUCUCGUUUAUUAAGCUAAAUAGGGCUUUGACUAUAUGACAUAAAAUACUUUUCUGUAUUAGCUACAUUCCCUUUAUCUGGCUGGCAAAAGAAACAAAAAAAAGUUGUAUUCACUCCCAAUGUCUCAGUUUAGUUAUGUAAUUAUUUUUUAAGGUUUUAUCGUAAGUGUAAAAUACUGCCAAGUGUCUAAUAAAAUACUCUUUACUUU